GGGGUAAUCAUUCAAAGUGUGAACGGUACUUUAAAAAUUGCAGAUUCAUCCUGCGGGAAUUCAUUUUAUGACGAGGCGCUAUUUCUUUAGAAAAACUGUCAACGUGACUUUGGAGACAAGAGUUGUUCUUCCAGUAAUAACGACUCUGCCGCGCACUGGCCGUGGUCCAGACUGGCUGGCGAUGCGGAACUGAUCCGAGCGGUAUACUGCUAGAGGACAUGAAGACAGGAGGAGAGACGGAGAAGAGUAGAGCGAAAAAGAUGUACUGGUCCUUUAAGGAACAUUGAAAUCCAUCGGAGUGUCGUAUCAGCCCCUUGAGAGAAUCCAAUCAGUAGCGUUCCUCCUUCAGCUAGAUAGGGACAAUACCUCAGCGAUAAAAGACCCUGCUACGCAGUUCACUGUACGGGUAGAGACGACAACUUUAGACACACACAAGUCCAGACGCAUGGGGUAGGAUUAAUAACACAGCUAAUCAUGAGAGACAACUGGAUUCUAAUUAUCAUGCUGUUUCUGUUGUGUCCGCUGACAGGUUGGUCCAAUCCCGUCAUCUUCCCCAGCGGACCUCACCUGGUGGUUCCGAAAGGCGGGGCUCUGGAACUCCGCUGCCAUGACAACAACACCAACGCUCCAUCCACUGUUGUCCCAGGGGGGGUGAGGUGGCAGAGAGAGAGGGGCAGGCGGCUGGAGGGGGAGGUAGAGGAGGGAGGAGGGGUAGUGUUUGUUAGGGUGCAGUCUGCCCAGGGAUACCACAUGGGACGAUACGCCUGUAUCAACAACAACACCAAGGAGCAGUCCUCCAUCUACGUCUUUGUGAAAGACCCCCAGAGUCCGUUUCAGCGUUCUAUGGUGAACGGCAUUCUGGUCCGCGUCGGGGAGAACCUGACUUUACCAUGCCUGGUCACCGACCCUGAUGUGACCCUCGUGACCUUACAGACCUGUGACUUACAACCUUUACCCUCCGACCUCCAUUACCACUACGACCCCCAGCGCGGCGUCAUCAUCGGCAACGCCAGGAAGGAGUACGAGGGUUGCUAUGUAUGCUUGGGCGAGCUGGCAGGUGCCACCGUGAGGUCGAGCCAGUAUACUGUGGACGUACGGCUAGUCCCUGAACAGCCUCCAGUGAUCAGUCUGUCCCAGAGAGAGAGGGUGAUCCUGAGGAGAGGAGAGCAGUUUGAGAUCACCUGCAGCUCCUCCAACCUCAACCCUGACUUCAGCAUUAAGUGGGACUUCCCCGUUGGAGCGCGUGCCUUCCAGGCCCACACCUCCCACAUCCUGGCUGGUUCCCGUGGUUACCAACGCUCCGCCUCCCUCUGGAUCACCUCUGUCAACCAAUCAGAUGCCGGGACAUACCGAUGCCACGCCCACAACGAGAGGGGUGCCACCGCCGAUACCCUGCACCUGGAUGUCCGUGAGCGAGGCUUCAUCAGUAUGCUGGGUGACUCCCGGCCUAGCCAGUCUGCUGUCAGAGAAGGGGAGAGCCUAAGCCUCAGGGUAGAGUUGGAGUCCUACCCCAGACCUGGCACUCUGUCCUGGGCUUUCAACGGCAAGACCCUCCACAACACCACGGAGCACGUCAUCACUGUCCAACGACGCAGAUACAGGUACUUCAGUGAGCUGCGGUUGGUGAGGGUCCAUGGGUCAGAGGGCGGAAUUUACACCUUCCAAGCCAAUCAUGAGGAUGCCUCUGUCAAUCAAUCAUUCCCUGUCUAUGUGAACAGUAAGCCUGUCAUCAUUUCCCAGGAGGGACCAGUUGAUGGACAGGUGCGCUGCGUUGCCGCCGGUUACCCGGCCCCUAAAAUCACCUGGUUCUACUGUGAACUCCCCCACACACGGUGUUCCCACCUGACCAACGCCAGCCAAUGGGAGCAGCGGGAGGUUGCCACGGUAACGGUAUCAGACUCGGCCUUCGGCAGCAGCGAGGUGGAGAGCCGACUGAACGUCACGAAGGGAGACACACACACACACUACCACACGUUGGAGUGUGUAGCGACCGUGCAGGGCGAGCAGGCUUACACACUGUUCUCCAUCAGCGAGCGCACCGUGCCCCAUAAGCUCUUCACCCCCCUGCUGACUGGUGUGGUUGUUACAGCUGUAAUACUGAGUAUCAUACUGGUGGUUCUCCUCUACAAAUACCUUCAGAAGCCCAAGUUCCAGAUCCAGUGGAAGGUGAUUGACAGUAUCCACGGCAACAACUACAUCUACAUCGACCCCACCCAGCUGCCCUACGACCCCAAGUGGGAAUUUCCCCGGCAGAAACUACGCUUUGGUAAGACCCUGGGUUCAGGGGCCUUUGGUAAGGUGGUGAGAGCUACAGCCUAUGGACUCUGUUCUGCUGACUCCGUCAUGACCGUUGCUGUCAAGAUGCUCAAACCGAGCGCCCACUCCACCGAGAAGGAGGCUCUGAUGUCGGAGUUGAAGGUUCUCAGUUACCUAGGCAACCACGUCAACAUUGUCAACCUGCUGGGAGCUUGCACUGUGGGAGGGCCGACGCUGGUGAUCACAGAGUACUGUUGCUAUGGAGAUCUGCUCAACUUCCUGCGUAGGAAGAGAGAGACGUUCUUCAGCGCCCAGGCUGCUGAUGGGUACUACCGCAACAUCAACAACCCCCCAGAACCACAGAGAGAUGGGAACGGUAGCAGUUACAUGCCUAUGCGCCCGUCUGAGACAGACAGAACGUCCUCCCAGUCAGAUGAUAAGGGAUGUCUGAGUAUAGAUGAGUUGUCUGUGGACACAGAGGAUCUACUGAGCUUCUCCUACCAGGUGGCUAAGGGCAUGGAGUACAUCACCUCUAAGAAUUGUAUCCACAGAGACCUAGCAGCCAGGAACAUUCUGCUGACUCAGGGGAGAGUAGCCAAGAUCUGUGACUUCGGACUGGCCCGAGACAUCACCACAGACUCUAACUACGUCCUCAGAGGCAAUGCCCGUCUCCCAGUGAAGUGGAUGUCUCCAGAGAGUAUCUUUGACGGUGUUUACACCUUGGAGAGUGAUGUCUGGUCAUACGGUAUCCUGCUCUGGGAAAUAUUCUCUUUAGGCAGCAGUCCGUACCCUGGUAUGCAGGUGGGUUCAGCGUUCUACAGGAUGAUCCAGGAAGGACACAGAAUGAACAGACCUGAGGUGGCUCCCAGAGAAAUUUAUGACAUGAUGUUGUCUUGUUGGAGUGAGGACCCUCUGAAGAGACCUUCCUUUAGGAAACUAGUAGAGAGGACUGAACUUCUACUGUCAGAAGACACCAAGAAUGUGUACCUGAACCUGAGCUAUGGAGCUGUCCUUCCAGACCAGCAGAGGGCAGCGUCUCAUAGACUGAGCUCAGUGAGCAGCACUACGGCCUCGACACAACCACUACUGCUGAAUACUGCUGAUGUGUUUCUGGACUACGACACUGUCUGAAUACUGUACACACACACACUACACUACACUACACUACACUACACUACACACACACUACAUACACUACACACUGUGUAUUGGACUCCAUCUCUCUGUAUUGAUCAGUCUGUGAUGUAUGUCAUGUUGUAUUUAACCUUUAUUUAACCUUUUAUUUAACCUUUAUUUAACCUUUUAUUUAACUAGGCAAGUCAGUUAAGAACAAAUUCUUAUUUACAAUGAUGGAUGGCCUACCCUGGAUGACGCUGGGCCAAUUGUGCGCCAUCAUAUGGGACUCUCGAUCACGGCCGGUUGUGAUACAGCCCGGGAUUGAAUCAGGGUCUGUAGUGACGCCUCUAGCACUGAGACGCAGUGCCUUCGACCGCUGCGCCACUCGGGAGCAUGUAGCAUGUAGCAUGUAGCAUGUCGUCCAUAGGUUUUAGUGCUAUGGUCAGUAACCAGCCUGAGACUCCAUUUCUCUCCAUUAUUUAAAAAUUGUUAUUUAGCCUUUAUGUUGACAGGGAGUCCGUGCUGAGACCAAUGUCUCUUUUCCAGAUGAACCCUGUAUAGCACACCACAAUACAAUAAACACAUUAACCUACACAUUCAUAUACACAAUGCACAUUAUUACACACAGCAAUACACAAAUAGACAAAUAGCAAAACGCAAUCAUAAAAACAGACCCAUUCUUCAUUAAAAAGGUCUCCUAACAACUGUCUGAAAUGCCCUAGAGGCACCAAUUCCUCCAUUUUUAAAGUGUAUUAUAAAUCAUUCCGUAUGUAAGUUGAAAGCAAAUUAAAGGCUGAUUUACCGAAGUCUCUAGACACCAAAGAGAGUCUCCAGAGUGAACGAGUUUGAUAAGUUGACAUUUUAAAUCUUAACAGGGAUGCUCGGUAAGUAAAAACAAAGUCAUGGAUGUGAUGUACGUGACUUUAAAAGAGGUCAAAUCAGUGAAAUGCUUACUUACAGGCUCUAACCAAUAGUGCGAAAAAAAGGUGUGUGUGUGUGUGUGUGUGUGUGUGUGUGUGUGUGUGUGUGUGUGUGUGUGUGUGUGUGUGUGUGUGUGUGUGUGUGUGUAAGUAAAGAAAUAAAACAACAGUAAAAAGACAUUUGAAAAUAAAAGUAGCGAGGCUACCUCAAUCAGUCAGGCUGAUUGAGGUAGUAUGUAGAUAUGGUUAAAGUGACUAUGCAUAUAUGAUGAACAGAGAGUAGCAGUAGCGUAAAAGACACCCAGGGCUUUAAGACUAGAGGGAGCUGUGGAAAGAACGACACCCAGGGGUUUAAGACUAGAGGGAGCUGUGGAAAGAACGACACCCAGGGGUUUAAGACUAGAGGGAGCUGUGGAAAGAACGACACCCAGGGCUUUAAGACUAGAGGGAGCUGUGGAAAGAACGACACCCAGGGGUUUAAGACUAGAGGGAGCUGUGGAAAGAACGACACCCAGGGGUUUAAGACUAGAGGGAGCUGUGGAAAGAACGACACCCAGGGGUUUAAGACUAGAGGGAGCUGCACUUUGAGAAAUAGUAUCACCAUAACAACAGGUAGAAAGGUUGAUAAAUAGUAUCACCAUAACAACAGGUAGAAAGGUUGAUAAAUAGUAUCACCAUAACAACAGGUAGAAAAGGUUGAUAAAUAGUAUCACCAUAACAACAGGUAGAAAAGGUUGACUACACAAUCUGCUUCCUGCUGACGAGAGAGAGAGAGACAACAUCUGUUUCUGUAAAAAGAGCCUCUUUAAAUUUUAGUUUCUUAACAAGCUCAGUCGUACGUUUAAAAAGAUAAAUCAUUGUCAAUCCAAAAGAGUAUUUGUAUACAAGGCCUCGUUCGAUUAUAGAACCAUCCGAUCGAGUGAAGAUGUAAUCCAUCUGAGACAAUCUUGCGAGAACUUGAAAACAACAACUAUUUCAUUUUGCCUGUACUAAGCAUGAGUUUUAAAGUCAUUAAGGGCUUCCUGAACGACUGCAAAAUCGUCCUGUAGCUUUGUCACAGCCAGGGCAGCAGUCGGGGGAAUUGAGUACAUAAUAGUAUCGUCUGCAUAUAGAGGAAAUGUAAAAAUGUUAACAGAUUGACCAAUAGCAUUUAUAUACAUAGAACAGGUGCUAGUAUCGACCCCUGCGGAACACCUCACGAUGGCCUGAGUUCUGUCACUAAGAAACCAUUAACAGGUGUCAGAGCUCAGGCCUUAUCGAGGACAACUUAUUCAAUUUAAAUUUGCAUGAUCAACAUUAUCAAAGUCCACAAACAAAGCAGCACAUUUUCAUUUUAGUGUUUUAAAGCAUUAACAACGAUCGUUAACAACUGAAGUGGUUGCUGUAAUAGUGCUAUGCCCCAGGCCUAAACCCUGAUUGGAUGUCCAGGCCUAAACCCUGAUUGGAUGUCCAGGCCUAAACCCUGAUUGGAUGUCCAGGCCUAAACCCUGAUUGGAUGUCCAGGCCUAAACCCUGAUUGGAUGUCCAGGCCUAAACCCUGAUUGGAUGUCCAGGCCUAAACCCUGAUUGGAUGUCCAAGCCUAAACCCUGAUUGGAUGUCCAGGCCUAAACCCUGAUUGAUUUACAUUCAUAAAAAAUAGCAAAGUUGUACAUUUACCAAGGAUUUUAGAAUUUUAGCUAGACCAGGAAGCCUUGAAAUGGGGGCGAUAAUGAUUAAGAUCCCUGCUGUCCCCGUCCUUAUGGAGUGGCAGAACAAGAUCUGAUUUCCAUACUUAUGGAAUAUUUCCUGAUGACAAUGUUAAAUAUAAAAAUGUAGGUUAUUGAGCCGACAAUGAUGGGCGCUGCACACUUAAGCAGACCGGGAUCCAAUUGGUCGGCCCCCUGUGGAUUUCUUGUUGUCUAUCAAAGCAUCCAGUACUUAUUUUUCUGUAAAUAGCCUAAAAGAAAAGCUUUGACUAUCAUUUCUCUGAUCAUUCAGAAAGUUUCCCCCUAUCAGCAUCCAGCCCCAAUAUCAUUGUGAAUAGGCUUAGAAGUUCAAAGAGAUCGCCCGCUGAAAAUAAAAUGGUGAUUUAAUGCAAUAUUAGAGCCAAUAUACAAUACAGUAUGUAUACAGUAUGAACUGACACAGCAGUUAGUUUAUAGGCUGACUGACACAUCUAUACAGCAUGUAUAUCUACUAACACAGCUGUUUUGACUAUAUACAGUAUACACCAUCAUCAUCAGAACAUUUCCCAGGACAUAGACAUAUCUGAUAUGGGCAGAAAGCUUCAAUUCUUGUUAAUCUAACUGCACUGUCCAAUUUACAGUAGCUAUUACAGUGAAAGAAUACCAUUCUAUUGUUUAAGGAGAGUGCACAGUUAUGAAAUGUAUUAAUAAACCAAUUAGGCACAUUUGGCCAGACUUGAUACAACAUUUUGAACUGAAAUGCAAUGAUUCAUUGGAUCAGUCCCAAAAAAAUGCACAUACACUGCUGCCAUCUAGUGGCCAAAAUCUAAAUAGUGCCUGAACUGGAAUAAUACAUUGUAGCCCAUGUCUGCAAAAAAUCUAAAAUACGAUUGGUAAAUGAGUCUAGCCAGCUAUCUAAACUUGUAGUAAUUAUGUUCUCAUUACCGACCGGGGGCCCCCAUUAAUUUUGUUUGUCACUCUCACUCAGAUAUUAUAUAAAAAACUGCAAAUAUUUCUCUCCACCCUUUGGCAAACUGUGUAGAAUUGCAAGAGAUUAACUCUAUAAUGUUUUAUUUUAUGAAUGUGGGUUCUAUGGGAAACAUAGAACCAGGAAGGGCUCUGUCUGGGAAACAUAGAACCAGGAGGGGCUCUGUCUGGGAAACAUAGAACCAGGAGGGGCUCUGUCUGGGAAACAUAGAACCAGGAAGGGCUCUGUCUGGGAAACAUAGAACCAGGAAGGGCUCUGUCUGGGAAACAUAGAACCAGGAAGGGCUCUGUCUGGGAAACAUAGAACCAGGAAGGGCUCUGUCUGGGAAACAUAGAACCAGGAGGGGCUCUGUCUGGGAAACAUAGAACCAGGAAGGGCUCUGUCUGGGAAACAUAGAACCAGGAAGGGCUCUGUCUGGGAAACAUAGAACCAGGAGGGGCUCUGUCUGGGAAACAUAGAACCAGGAGGGGCUCUGUCUGGGAAACAUAGAACCAGGAGGGGCUCUGUCUGGGAAACAUAGAACCAGGAAGGGCUCUGUCUGGGAAACAUAGAACCAGGAAGGGCUCUGUCUGGGAAACAUAGAACCAGGAAGGGCUCUGUCUGGGAAACAUAGAACCAGGAAGGGCUCUGUCUGGGAAACAUAGAACCAGGAGGGGCUCUGUCUGUGUCUGGAAACCAACUCUUCAUGUGUAAAUACAUUAACUUUAGCUUUAUGUGCUUUUAGGGUUUGUUUUAUGUUAAUAGUAUGUGUGUGUGUUGGUUUUCAAUAACAAUGUUAUGCAGAGAAUGUAUGUGAUGAAUGAUGCCAUGUAAAAACGUGCUUCUUCUGUAACGGGACCUUGAAUGGUUUGGAGGCUGAGGAUGUUUUGAUACAGUUGGUUGACUUGUAAUAAAGAAAGUACUGGAA